AUUAUGUGUGUUUUGUAGCAAGAGUUCAACUGGCACCCCGAUCACACGGAAACAGUCCGUAUUAGAUUCAAAGCUAAGGCCAUGGACUCUUAUACAAAGCAGGUGAACGCGUGGAAGAAAGUUUGGCAGAAGAACAAGAGGCCACGGAACAUCAACGGGAGGGUGUUCGAGCAGUUGAUAGUUCAUUGGCAGAAGGACGAAACUGCAGAGACGUCUUCUAGGAACUCUAAGAACCGGAAGAGCGAUCGUGGCGGGAAAGGUAUGUAUGUGCACAACCUCGGGGCUUGCUCUAUGUCUACUAAGGAAGAUGAACUUAUCGAAGCAAAUGACGGUAAUCCCGUUGAUCGACUCCAACUCAUUAAGGUGGCUCACACUAACAAGACGACGGGUCAAAUUCAGGACCUCUUGAUCAAAGAUGUCGUUGAUUUGGUGGAAACUGAAAUAGCAUCUCAAUCUCAGCCUCUCUCUGAUGACGGCGAUUCAGUGGGAGCUUCAACCAACUUGUCCCGAUUGCAAAUAAAUGAGAUGGUUGAAAAGGCUGUUCCUAAAAGGAAAGGAGGCUUUUUAGUUGGAUUGGCCCGCCGUGCUUCUUCGUAUCCGGCAUCUUCUUCGCAGGUUCCGUAUGCCGAUCCCAUGAUUCUCGAGGAGCUACAUGACAAAGGUGAACGGAUUGUGGCAUUGGAGGAGCAGAACGCCACUAUCCAAGCUGAGAAUGCCACUAUCCAAGCUGAGAAUGCCACUAUCCUUGCUGAGUUGGCAUCCCAAAAGAAGACCAACGCCGAGAUAAUGGAGAAGCUAAACCGUUUAUUUGCUUCGAGUUCUUAGUUUUUUCUGAAUUUUAAAACUUUCUGAAUGUUUUUUUUAAUAUUUCGGUUUGU